AUGUUUCACUUCAAUCCUUCCUUCCUUCCUUCCUUCCUUCCUUCCUUCCUUCCUUCCUUCCCGAUUUCUUUCUUUCUUUCUUUGUUUUUUCCUUCCAUCCUUUCUUUUUUCCUUCCUUCCUUCCUUCCUUCCUUCCUUCCUUCCUUUCCGUCUUUCUUUCUUCCCUUUUUCCUUCUUUCUUUCUUUCUUUUUUCCUUCUUUCUUUCUUUCUUUCAUUUUUUCCAUAUUUCGUUCUUUCUUUCCUUCUUUCCUUACUUCUUUCUUUCUUUCCUUCUUUCUUUAUUUCCUUCUUUCAUUAUUUCCGUUAAUAGUGAUGAUGAUGAUGAUGAUGAUGAUGAUGAUGAUGAUGAUGAUGAUGAUCUUUUAUUAAACAACGUGAUAAUAAAGCAGGCGAUCUAUUUCUUUCUUUUUCACUCAUUCACCUCCCGCCUUUACUUACUCAUUAAAUCCUUAUCUAUCUAUCUAUCUAUCUAUCUAUCUAUCUAUCUAUCUAUCUAUCUAUCUAUCUACAGCAGUAUGUUUCCCGCCAUUCUCCUUGGAAUUACCUUUUACACCCGUAUUCAUCAAAAGCAGAAAGUAACCUAA